GUGCCGCGUGCGCGUUCGUGACAAAUUAAAGAGCACUCGAAAAAAGGUGGGAACUGAGCAUUUGAGCAAUCCAAAAGUAAACAGUCGACAGAGAGGUCCUUAAAGCGCUGGCGAGAAUGUCGAGACCGCCGCAACAGUUUGGCCCCCGCUGCUGGGUGAUGCCGCUCCUGGGAUUAUACCUUCUCAGCCACGGCCUCCGUUGCGAUGCACGUGCGGUGAACGUGAGCAACACUUGGACCAUGCCGCAGGAGGGUCUGAAUGUCUUCUAUCGCUUCUUCCGCGAUCGCAUCUCCUGGUUCGAGGCAGAUGCCGUCUGCCAGUUUCAUCAUGCCAAUCUGGUGACAGUCGACAACAGUUUUCAAUUCGAUGCAACGCGCGACCUACUGAGGGAAUUGGAUGUGAACGACAUCGUUUGGAUUGGUCUCAUGCGACCGCAGAAUUCGGAUCGUUUUAUGUGGUCAAACUCGCGUCCCCUGGUGGCCGACACUGGCUACUGGGCCGAGUCGCUGCCACUGAUGGAUGCCCCGCUCUGUGCCGUUAUUGAUCCCAUACGCGAUUACCGCUGGCACGCACUGCGCUGCGGUGGCCCCGAAACGGCCUCCUUUCUGUGCGAGAUGCCAGUGCCCAGCUGGGCGGAUGCCUGCAUACUGAAGGACAUGCCCAACCUGACCAUGCAGUACAUGGCGGACACGGCCAGCAUCGAGCUCAUCCGCAACUGCCAGGAGGAGGGCUUGCUGCGGCACACCUGCAAGGGCAAGGAGGAUCGCGAUCGGGCCGUGCGCAAGCUGAUCUGCCCGAAGGAGCGACUGGAGGCGCAGCGCAUCAACGACAUAACCAACUCUCACUUCAAGUCGCUGCAGAUCAUCAACAACAUCCGGACGGACAACAACGAGAACAACGACAUCGAUCUGCUACCCAACUACAACGGACGCAGGGGCAUGGCCAUCAACAUUGAGGUGGCGCCACCGCCGGUGCCCACGCUGCCCCCGUUUCCACUGAACGAGCGGUUCGGCCUGGCCGAGUUCAUGCAGGCCGAUGCCCCCGGCUCUGUAUCGCUCUCCGGGCUCUACCGCAUACCAGACGAAAUCCCCAAGCCGGUGAAGAAAUCCCCCAAAAAGGCCAACGCCCCGGACUUUGUUGUAAAGGUCCACCAGCAGCAACAGCAGCAGAAGCAGAAGCCGACGACCAGCAAGCGGCUGCUGGAGGAGAUGAUGAUGGGCGACCAGCCGGCCCUCAGCGAGGAGCAGCUGCCACCGAACGUGGCCGAGGCAAGGGAUGACAGCAACAGUGAUGCCUCCAACGAGAUAUUUGAGCACUUGCCCCACAAGAAGAAGAUCCUGCCGCAGGACCUGCGGACCAUGCCGCCCAUUGUCGAAGUGGCAGCAACAGAAGCAGCAAAAACCCCUGAGGCUGCAACAUCAAAGAGCACCAUCACCACCAUCACUCCGGCCCCUAAAACAACUCCCACACCUGGAACAACAGCAACAACAACAACCACUGAAAUUCCAACAACAACUGCAAAAACAACUAAAGUGCCAACAAGCUGGGGAACAACAACCAGAGCAGCAGAAGCGACAACGGACCACAGCCCAUCAUCAUCAUCGAUGGGAACGAUGUUGCCUCUGCCCAGCAGCAACAACCCGGGCCAUCACAUGCACCCAGUGCAACAGCAACAGCCACAGCAGCAGCCGCCGCCGCUGCAUGCCACGCAUGUGAGGGAGUCCGCGGACAACUCGCAUUUCAUUCCACCUAUGCUGUUGGUGAAGUCGCACUAUGUGCCGCCAGCAAGGCAUGGAAGCCAGGAGCAGCAUGUCGAUCACAGCGAACAUAAACCAGCACAUGCAACCACAACAGCAACAGCAACAUCCACAAAAGCAACAACAGCAGCACCGAGAACAAAAUCAUUCGUAAAGGAGGAGCAGCAGGCGGAGAAGGAACAAGCGACAACAAUCAUGUCAUUAACGGGGCUGACAGCAGCAACAGCAGACACAAGCACAGACACAGACACAGUGGCAACAUCUACAGUGGCAGCAAUGCCAGCAGGCACACCAAAAAGUAUGCAGCUGACAACGGCAACCAAGUCACAAAGUGUGGCUGUGGAGGCGGCAGCUGGGACAGGCGUGAAAGUAGCUAAAGACAGCGACACCACCAAACAGAAGUUCGUUGCAAUACCAACAACAGCAGCAGUCCCAGCAACAACAGCAGCAACAGCAGCACCCAACAACCACUUAACCGGUUCAGCAGAAAUUGAAAAUACUAUUAAGGCAACCGCAGCUAAUGCAACAAUUGCUGCCACAACACCGACAGUUACACCAACAACUAAAAGGGAAACACCAACUUCAACAACAGCAAAGGCUAAACCAAUGGCUACACCAACCACACCAAUAGCUACACCAAUCACACCAAAACCUGCAGCUACACCGACAACUCCCAAUGGAGCAGCAAUAACUUCAUCAACAUCGACAACAACUACACCAACAACUACACCAACAACUACACCAACAACUACACCAACAACUACACCAACAACUACACCAACAGCUAGAAGCGAGACAUUAAAGCCAGACGCAGUUGCAGCAAAUGAAGGGGCUCUAAAGUCAGCCGGAAAAGAUGCUAAAAAGAAUUUAGAAGAUAGAAGUGAGAAGAAUGGGGCAGAGGAAGGUGCAGGGCCAGAGGCAGAGACCGAGUCAGAGUCAGAGGCAGCCACAACAAGACACAACUUCCUGGAGGAGGAAACCGAGGCGCCAUUCAAGCCCAAUCGACGACGCUCACUGACAAAGCCGGAAACUGUUAGCUAUUUCAAGAAGAUCCUGGGAUAGAGCAGUGGCAGAGAAUCAGAGAGUCAGUGGCAGAGAGUCAGUGGCAGUGGCAGAGGCAGAGAGUCAGCCGCAGCAUCAGCAGCAGCAGCAGUAGCAGUAGCAGUAGCACUCCCCAGUAACCGUAAUCGAAGCCUUAACAGUAACUGUUAACACCCAUUUCCGGCACACACACACACAAGCACACACAGACAGACAAAUAACUGCUCCCCAAGCACCAUUGAUACCGUUAGCAAAGUUACCCCCUCCUAACCCCACCCCUGCCGACAACGAAGCAACUUUAACCAAAGAAACCGACGAACUUUUGCACGUAAUUGGUCUUCAAAAUCAUAGAAAGAGAUGGAGCCGGAGCAAAAGAAAAGGGAGUGCAUGAGAGAGAGAGAGAGAGCGAGCGAGAGAGCGAGAGAGAGAGCUAGCUUAAGUUCCGGGUGCCAGUAAAUUGAAUCAGUUGGCAGGACCCCCCCCACUCCCCUAUUCGAUUCGAUCCGAUCCAAGCAAUUGCAUUCCAAGCCAGUUGGUCCCUCUCUGACUCACCACAUCCACAUCCACAUUCACAUCCACAUCAUCAUCAUCCAUAUCCACAUUCUGGCCAAAGUUUGUCUCGAGCCCUUUCCUCCUCCGCCACCCCUUUUAUGUUCUGUCUUAGCCAGAAAAUGCCGGAAAUCCAAGCUGUUAGUCAACGCCAAGCGGAAACGCAAAGCAGCCAAAAGAAAACUCAGCUCUCAGACUUCUCUUCUCUUCAGGUUCGGUUCGGUUCGGUUCGGUUGGGGGUUGCUGGCAGUCAACGACGAUUCCAGUUGGCAGCAAUAUAUCAAAUAUGUCAAUUUUUCACCGGAAGAAGCACCACAAAAAAAUAAUAAAAAAAUAAAUAAAAAAUAAACACGCACACAAGCAAA